AUGAGACAGAUCUGUAAAUAUCAUGAUGUGGUCGAGUACCUGAACAUCUCCUCCAAGCAACAUCUCCUUUUAUACUCUAUACCAAGGAAGAAUUGGGAAGAGUCUUUGGAAGUUGACCUUGACUUCACCCUUAUCUCCAUACUUUCAGUGACCUGGAAAAAUGAAUUUAUCAGCUGGAAUCCUUUGGACUUCUGUAACAUUUCCAGUAUCACUCUUCCAGUGAACCUUUUUUGGAUCCCUGACAUUUUCAUACAUGAACAGGCAGAUGAAAAUAAGUAUUCACUUAGUCCUUUUGUUGAAAUAACCUCCGAUGGCUUCAUUACUUCAGCUCAAGCACAUCAACUCACUUCCUCCUGCAACUUGGAUGUCCACAUGUUUCCUUUCGAUGAGCAAAAGUGCAGCUUAACCUUAUCGUCAUCAUUACAUUCAGAAAAGGAACUGAAGAUGAAGAACAUUAAAACUUCCAAUAAGACAAAUCAAGACAGUUACAAGUAUUAUUUAACCAGUGGAGAAUGGAAGUUUGAGAAAGUGAUAAUUGUUGAGCAAACGCUGUUUUAUAAAUUCAUGAACUUCAGUACAGUCAUCUAUGAGAUUGUUAUGAAGAGGAGAUCCAUUCUACAUGAAUUAGUUCUGAUUCUGCCAACAUUUGUUCUCUUCUUGCUAGAUAUGGCUAUUUCUUAUGCUUUUGCCUCUCCUGCAGAAAAGAUUGCCUUCAAAGUGACCAUGAUCUUGCAGGUCUUAUUUUUGUCUAUGAUGCUUAAUGACAAGCUACCAGCAACGUCAGAUUAUCCACCAGUAAUAGCAAUGUUUUUUAUUGGAAUCUUCGCAUUUAUGGUCCUUGGCAUCCUAGAGAAUGCCUUUGUUGUGUAUCUCAAGGAGCGGAAGUCAAAGUUCCCAUCCUUCAAGACCAAGAACUUUAUAAGGAGAUUCUUGCGAAAAGAAAAAGAAAAAAUAGAGGACUCUGUCACGGAUGUAGGGGAAGAGAUACUCAUGGAGAACAAGCCAACUACGGAGCUUCCCUUGGCUGAAAACGACAACACAGACAGCCUUGUGCUUCUGAAACAGCUGAACAUGGAGCUGCAACAGAUGAAGAAGCACCUGGUUCUGGAAGAAAGCAAGAUUUUUGGCCCUGCCAAGCAGGACAAACUUCUCCAGUUGGAGAAUUACCUUUAUUAUAGCCGCUUGAUCUUAUCCCUCAGUUUUAUAGCCUUCAUUGCGGUGCAGUGGACACAAUGA